AUGGCGGCCGGGGAGCGGAACGGCGACGGGAGGCGGGCGCACGCGGCGAUGGUGGGCUCGCAACUCAUCAACGCCGGGUACCACGUGGUCGCGAAGCUGGCGCUCAACGUCGGCGUCAACCGCGUCGUCUUCUGCGUCUUCCGCGACCUCCUCGCCCUCGCCGUCCUCGCGCCCCUCGCCGUCUUCCAACAUCGCGGCUCGCACGCCAAGGCUCUGCCACCUGUUACCUGGAGGCUCCUGGUCUCGUUCUUCGUCCUCGGUCUCACAGGCAUCUUUGCAAACCAGCUGCUGUUUUUGCUUGGCCUCAGCUACACCAACCCCACCUACGCCGCCGCAAUUCAGCCGUCCAUUCCUGUCUUUACCUUCAUCUUAGCCGUCAUCAUGGGGACUGAAACUGUGAGCUUGGUCUCGAUUGAGGGCCGCACCAAGAUUGGUGGCACAGUAGUCUGUGUGCUCGGCGCUGUCCUCAUGGUGCUAUACAGGGGACCAGCGCUGUUUGAUAGCGGCGAGCUCGAGCUAGGUGGUGCUAUGCCUGCUAGUAUGUCACAGUCACAGACUGAACCAGCCGGGUCGAUAGGGCUGCAAAAGUGGCAUAUUGGAGUGCUGUGCUUGAUAGGGAACUGUCUCUGUAUGGCUAUUUAUUUCGCUUUGCAGGCUCCUAUUUUGGUGAAGUAUCCUUCGAGUUUGUCACUAACAGCAUACUCAUACUUUUUUGGAGCUAUUCUGAUGGUCAUUUCUGGAACUUUUGCAACAAAUGACAAAAAGGACUGGUCUUUGACUCGAUCAGAGCUUGCUGCUGUUGUAUAUGCUGGUGUUAUCUCGUCUGCUCUUAAUAAUUGUUUACUAACAUGGUCCAACAAACUUCUGGGCCCUGCUAUGGUGGCUCUAUACAUCCCUCUUCAACCAGUGCUCUCUGCCUUACUGUCAAUGCUUUUGCUGGGAAGCCCAAUUUACCUUGGAAGUAUCAUUGGUGGAUUUCUGAUCAUCUCUGGUUUAUAUCUAGUCACCUGGGCCCGGCAUAGAGAAAAGAUGAGCGGCAGUGGACCAUCUUAUACAAAAUCUGAAUUGGAACCCCUUGACAGUGAUUCUAAAGAAGUAAAUAGUGUAAACCUGGCCUCUAAAACCUUCAUGCCACUUUCUAGUUCGUGGAAUGUACCAUCUUAA